UUUCAGCCUCUUCUUCCUGGCUUCCACAGCCACUUGACCAUUCCUCUAGCCUUCUGCUCCAAGCAUGUUGAAGGAAGAAAUGAGACUAGGGUGAGGCUAAGAUCAGACGUGUCGGAUAUAGCCUGGAAAGUUAAGAUAGAAGAUGGCCGGAAACUCACUGAUGGUUGGAAAGCGUUUGCUCUCGCACAUGAUCUACGAGUUGGUGACAUUGUCAUUUUCAGACAAGAGAAAGACAUGGCUUUCCACGUUACACUGUUCGGACCCAGUUUUUGUGAGAUUCAGUAUGGGCGGCCGUGUUUAAAAGAUAAGAACAAACUCAGGAAGAUUCAAAGCAAGAAAAAAGUGAAGAAGAAUCCACAAAGAUAUGUAAAGUCUUCUUCGCUAGAUCCCUUUUGUUUUGUGAAUUAUGUUAGGCCUUCAAGCCUCCGAGAUAACAGACUGACUCUUCCAAACCGUUUUGUGAGGGAAAAUGGUCUAGAGACAAGAUGUGGAGAGAUUGUUCUGAUAAAUGAAAAGGGUAGGUCAUGGACUUUAAAUUUGCAACGAAAGAAAUCAUGUGGAACUAUGUCUGUCACAGGAGGGUGGAACAACUUCUGUAGUGCCAGUGGACUUAGAGCUGGAAGUUUCUUUGCUUUCAAACUGAUCAAAAGAGGAAAAUCUUUGGUUCUACUCAAGUCCCCCUCCUCCACAGAGUUUACACAAGAAGAUUGCUUAGAAAAGAGCAACCAAGAUGAGAAAAGCUUCAAGAAGCCUAGAUUCCUAUGGAAAGCCUCUACAUCUUCACCAUCUCAAAAAAUUUCUAGGAACUUAUGGAAAGCCUCCACAUCGUCACCAUCUCAAAACCUAUUUUUGACAUUAACUCUCAAAUCUACGGACGUUAAAAACUCCAGACUAUUUCUUCCGGUAAACUUCACGAGGAUGCAUGGUAUCAACAAGGAAACUAAAAUGAUCAUGCUGGAUAAAAACGGUGUGAAGUGGUCUACGGAUCUGAGGUCUGAGACGAGUGGUGGUGACAGAAUAAGAUUAAUAGGAGGUUGGAAAUACUUCUUCAAAGCUAACUGUGUGGAGAUAGGUGAAUCCAUUAUUGUCAAGCUGAUUUGGGAAGGAGACAAAAGUUGUGUCCUUGAGUUCUACUCCAAGGUGGGGCAAGAUAUCAAAUGAAACUGUAUCUGAGUGUGUCUCUUUGAACUUUUGCAAGUACCCAAGUGAAAAGAAAUGAAACAAUGUUUACUGUGUAAGAUUUAACUCCAAAAUCCAAUUGUCUUAUUACUGCAGCAUGUUUUUACUUUUAAGUUUGUUGUAGGAUCUCUGACUUCUGAUUUGGGAUAUGAGAG